AUGAGUUCAAAAGGCCAUUUUUUAUUGUCCAAUUUAUUUGAAGAGACUCAUAAAGAAUUAGAUUCUUUAAAUUCUGAAUUUAAUAAACUUAUUGAAGCUUAUGAAUCACAAAUAGACUUGAAUAAUGAUAUAGAG